CAGAUUUUUAAUGUCAGACUGAAGCAGAAGGGAGAAAGGCUGGAGGGGAAAGAGGGGGAAAGGAUUGGAGAUAUGAGGGAAAUCAUAACAUGAAUCCUGACUGCCAAUUAAUUAGGCGGACUGUGCAAAACACAUACAUGCAACUGCAGGUGUGACUCGCAUCAAAUCGACUGAGAAUUACUGCAGCAUUUUAUCUGGUUCAAGCCGAAAGAAAACAUAUAAAUGACAAAUUAUUAAAAUAAUUCACUGCUUCGAUGUGAGCGUGAGGCAUGGUGGGCACCAAUCCGAAGUGAUGAAAAGGAAAACUGAAGUACUGGAUGCUGUUGCCGGUGUGAUUUGCAAGGGUUAUUUCUGUGGGCUGAGGAUUGGUAAUUUCUUCCAUCACCAUCCCUUUCCCGUGUGUCUGGAUGAUGGAGACUUUAAAUGGAACCAAUAACGAAAUCAAGCUUCAGAACCGCCAGCUUGUUGAGAAAAAGAGGCUGAACCGAGCACCGUCGCCUGCCAGACCCUUUAUGAAGGAUCUGCAUUCCCGAUCGUCAGCCAAACCUCCGACUGGUCCUCCUAAAUCUCCAAACCUUUCAAGUAAACAGCAGCAGCAGUCAGCUGGGCUCUUGGCCGCUCAAAGCCGUCUCUCCAGGCGCAGCAUCCCAAGUGUAAAGGAGAAGCCAUCACCUGUUAAAAGUACCACAAAGUCUGUAGCAACAAAAAAGGCAACUAAGGUCAUCCAACACGGAACAGCAGAACAUAAAGUUGCCAGGAAGAGCGAUCCCACUGCUAAAGCAAAAAAGGGGAAAAAAUGCACGCUGGUAGAGUCCACUCAAGGGUUCCUUGGUCAAAGUACAGAGGCCAGAGCCCAGCCAGGAGCCGGUCUGGGCAGAAUCAGCCAUACGGAUAGCAGCUCUGAUUUAUCCGAUUGUCCUUCUGAGCCCCUAUCCGAUGAGCAGAGGCAAGCCCAGGCGGCCAGCAGUGAUGCUGAGUCCGGCACCGGCUCGAGCGAUCGGGACCAAGUGACAGGAGAGAUUCAGCCUCCCGGGGCUUCGACCACAGAAGCCCCUGGAGGGUGUCAAAAUCUACUCCGUAUAGCUGAAACGUCGACGACUUUAAAGUCUCUGGCCCCUGUAAAAGAAAAGGGAUCCUUAGCUGUAGCAGUCCAAGGACAAUGCAGCGGCGACCCGAAAGAGGAUAUUUUGGGCAGAUGUGGUGUCAGUAAAGUGGAGCUGAGAGUCAGCAAACCAAAUACCCCAACAGACUACAUGUUGGAGGGAAGCAGGGAGUUGAUAGAAGAUUUACAAAGGGAAAUCGACGACCUUCGCUCAGAAAACGACUAUCUCAAGGAUGAAGUGGAUGAGCUGCGAGCCGAGAUGGAGGAGAUGCGGGACAGCUACCUGGAGGAGGAUGUUUACCAGUUGCAGGAGCUCCGACGGGAGCUGGACCGUGCCAACAAGAACUGUCGGAUCCUGCAGUACCGCCUCAGGAAAGCUGAGCAAAAGAGCUUGAAGGUGGCACAGACCGGCCUAGUAGAUGGGGAGCUUGUCAGAAAUUUGGAGCAGGACUUGAAGGUAGCCAAAGACGUCUCCGUCAGGUUGCACCGUGAGCUGGAAAGUGUGGAGGAGAAGCGUAGCAAAGCAGAGGAUGAUAAUGAGCUCCUCCGACAGAAGAUCAUCGAGGUGGAGAUAUCCGAACAGGCCCUGCACAACGAGCUGGACAGGAUGAAAGAGAGUACCCUGAAGAGAAGAGGCAGUCGAGAAAUGUAUAAGGAAAAGAAAUCUUCAACUCAGGAGGACAGCGCCGACAUCAAGUGUCAGCUCCAGUUUGCCAAAGAGGAGUCAGCCCUGAUGCGCAAGAAGAUGGCCAAGCUGGGUCGGGAGAAGGAUGAGCUGGAGCAGGAGUUGCAGAAGUACAAGUCGGUGUACGGUGAUGUGGACAGCCCCCUGCCGACAGGAGAGUGUGGGGGGCCACCCAGCACCCGCGAAGCCGAGUUCAAGCUGAGACUCAAGCUGGUGGAGGAGGAAGCCAACAUCCUGGGGAGAAAGAUUGUAGAGCUGGAGGUUGAGAACAGGGGUCUGAAAGCGGAGAACGAGGACAUCCGCUUCCAGUACGAGAAGGAUUGCCUGGGCAGGGAGCACAUUUCCAGCGUUCCCACCUCCCCCUAUGGAGAUUACCUGGAGUCGGCUGCCGAGCUGAGGCGCCACCUGCAGUUUGUGGAAGAAGAGGCUGAACUGCUCAGACGCUCAAUCUCUGAGAUUGAGGACCACAACAAGCUGCUGACCAGCGAGUUGAACCGAUUCAAGUUCGGGCCGGUUAAGGAAGCAAGCUGGGCAGAGGAAGAUGGGGUGUUAAAGCCCAGCAGUGCCUGCAGUGAUAGUGGGGGAGGAUUGCAGGAGGAAUUGAAAGCCGCCCGUCUGCAAAUCAACGAUCUGAGCGGUAAGGUGAUGAAGCUGCAGUACGAGAACCGGGUCCUGAUCUCUAACGUGCAGAGAUACGACUUAGCAUCUCACCUGGGGAUGUGUACAGCCAGCCCCAGGGAUAGCGAUGCUGAGAGUGAUGCCGGAAAAAAAGAGGGUGAGGAUGAUGACGGUUGUCAUCUGAUGCCACUACACCCCAAGAGGGAAGGACCCAUUGGCGGGGAGAGUGAUUCUGAGGAUCUCUGUGAGAAGACUUCCGGUUUUGGCAGUGGAAAGCCCUCAGAGGUGAGCGACCUCAGCUCAGUUGAGUUGGCUCAUCGCAAGAAAGAGGACACAGACACUUUGGCCAAUGUGAAGCAUGAGGCGGAGCAGCUGGGGAAAACUGUUGAGCGGCUCAUCACUGACACCGACAGCCUAAUCUAUGAUGGCAAGCUGCUGGUGACCAGUGGAGGCUCUCCUGAGCAGGAGUUCAGAGGGGACGGGGAUGUGGCGGAGGGGAAAGCCGAGCCCCAGCUGCUAGACACCAUCAACACCCGCAUGAAGGCAUUCAGAACGGAGCUGCAUACCUUCAUGGAAAAGGUAGACCACCUCGGGGAGGGACUCAGGGAGCAGGUGGACGACCUCUCUCCCAUGCCUAACCUCACAGAAUCUGCCAGCUUCCUGUCCAGCAUCACGUCCAUGUCGCGGGACUCUCCUAUAGGAACCCUAGGGAGAGACCUCAUCACUGACUUCCAGUCCAAACUGAGGGAUCAGAUAGAGUGGCAGCUAGGCCAGGAGCAUGGAGAGGAACCAGAAACCCAGAGCAUUCGCCUGGGCACAGACCAAAGCCGACGAGCCGAUGGAGACAAUAAGUACUACAGGCCACAAUAUUUAAGUAUAGAGCUCAGGGAUGCUCAUGUUUUAUUGGAGGCAAGCACUCCGGCUAGGGAGAUUGAGGCUCGACUGGAGCAGGAGAGGAGACUGCGGCAGGAGGAGCAGGACACCUUCAACACCCGGAUAACGCAGCUGGAGGAGGAGCGCCGGAAAAGCUUGCUGCGGAAGGACUUGGAGGUGCAGAGCCUGAGACUGCAGAACAAGCUGGAGGAGAAAUCCUGGAGCCAGGAGAAGGAGCUGCUCCAGCAGGAGGUGCGGCUCUUCCGCCAGAACACCUUUGUCUUCUGCGUCAAGCUCAAGUGGCUACUCAAGCACUGGAGACAGGGAAAGAAGAUGGAUGAUGAUGAGGAGGAUGAUCUUAUGGAGUAUGAGAAGUUUGACAGCAUGCCAGAGCUGAACCUCCUGAUGGACCACACAGUGAGUGAGCCCAACCAGGAAGAGCCCAGCUUCCUCCAGCAGGCCUCUGCGAAGGGCGGUGUUCAGGGACCUCCUCUGCAAACCCCAGAGCUAAUCCAGCAUCAGAAGCAGGAUGAUGAGAACCGCAAGAUGCUGCAGGCUCUCAGGACCCUGCUGGAGGAGUUCCGCUCUGAGCUGCGGGACGAGGAGCAGCGACGUUGUGAGCUGCAGCAGACUCACUCCAACGAGAAGGCUGCCUUUGAGGUGGAGUGGGCAAAAAUGAAGUGCCACGUUGAGCAGCUGGAAGAAAAGGGUGAGAAGGCACUUGGAGAUCUGAGUUCAGCCGACAUGAAGAGGGCAUUUAAGCGGGAGAGGGAGGAGCACCGGCGGCUCCUGGCAGAGAGCCACAGUGAGGCAAUGGACCUGCGCUGGAAGCUGCAGCACAGUGAGAAGAACUGGAGCAGGGAGAAGAUGGAGAUGUUGGACAGGUUCAACAGGGAGAGGCAAGAGUGGGAGUGGCAAAUGAAGGAGAUGCAGAAAAAGACUGAAAAGCUGCAGAAAGAACCAAAUACAAGGAAAGGGGAGAUGUUCUUAGUUGACCAGAAGGAGGCUGGGCUGAGUGUGUUUUCUCCACAGGACAGUGCCCACAGGAAUCCACCAGUGGCCUCCAGGUCAUACUCGGACUCAGACGAGCAUUUUGAAGGGGACUCAGGGUCAAUGAAUCUGAAGGAAAGCGACAGGUUCCGUGCCACUGAAAACCUGUUUCUGGAGGCCUUGUCCCUCGAUUCUUUAAGUGAGAGUGAGGUGCCCCCACUGUCUAGGCUGGAGAGUGAAAAGAAGUUUCCUUGCUUGAAUGAGGCUCUGAAUGAAAUAGCUGACGCAAAGGAUCUAGCCUCAUAUCAACAAGAAGAUAUGCCAACAGGAAAUCUUCUAAGAGCAAAGUCAGUUUGUUCCAUGUCUGAGUUCCAGAGCCUGAUGGACAGCUCUCCAUUCCUCCCUGAUAAGAGCAUGCAUGGGGACAGUGUGAAGGGUGAGGUGACUCCUCCUUUGUCGCCAGAUGACCUGAAGUACAUUGAGGAGUUCCAUAACAAGAGCUGGGACUACACUGCGCUGGGCCAAAGUGGACCUGCUGAGAAGCCAGUUGAGGCCUGGGCAGAAAGGACAGAGGGCAGGAAGAUAGAACAGACUUCAAAUCCAUUCCAAGCUUCAUCAUGGUUCCUUACUACGAGUGUCACAAUGACGACAAACACUACGACCAGCCCAGAGCACUGCCAAAAGCAACCACUGAGGAGCAGCAUGGAAUCUGAAAAAAUUGGGGUCCGGGUCUUCCACAGCCCCCCGGUUGUUCGUAAAUUUGACAGCACAGUACUUUCCGAAAGUGAGGGAAAGCCUGUGGUGGACCCCGACUCCAUGUUCUCUGUGGCCAAAGGGAGUGAUGCCAAAGGAGGGUCGGAAGAAGUGUUUCGGAGGUGGCCUUGUGAGCUGCCCAAACACCACAAAGAACUCCUUGAGGGUGGACUCCAUCCUAUAGAGCACCCUAUCUGUUCUACAGUUGGCUUUGCCUCCUCUCUACACGACCUGGGGCUGUCUAGGAACCUGAGCGAUGACAUGAAGGAGGUAGCUUUCUCUGUAAGGAAUGCUAUCCGUUCCAACUCCGUGGAGCGCCAGUUUAAGGACACUGCCUGCCAGACCAAUAGUUUCAGUACUAGGGGAACCCAAACAACCCAAACCAUCAGCGUCAGCCUCCAGACGGAAACAUUGAGAAGCAUCACCAGCAGUCCUCACAAAUGCUUAACACCGAAGGGAGGCUCAACCCCUGUCUCAUCCCCAUCAAGGAGCUUAAGGAAAAUGCAGUUCUCCCCAGUCAUUCAGAGCAAGUUUGACCGCCCCUGCUGCUCCCCCAAGUACGGCUCCCCAAAGCUCCAGCGCAAAAUUCCAGCCAAAGUGGACCAGCCCAACAACAAGCCUGCCAUGCCGACCACACCUCAGAAAGGGUACAGCGAGUCAGCCUGGGCCCGGUCAACCACCACCAGGGACAGCCCCGUCCACACCACCAUCAACGACGGGCUGUCCAGCCUCUUCAACAUCAUUGAUCACACGCCUGUGGUGUAUGACACCCUGCAGAAGUUCAUAAAGUCCCCUAGCUGCUCCAGGUCUGCAGAGCCCAGGCCAGAAGAGCCCAAAGUUGAGGAGCUCAAGUCUAAUUACGGGGUGGUUCAGGAGUACCUGAAGAAUGCCCAGGGCAGGUCUCCCAGUCCUGUACAACUGAUUGUAGAGUCUCAAGGGGAAAGAACCCCAGAGGUAAUUAGCAUUAGACAGGACUUAUCUGCUCCUCCAGGCUAUACCAUUGCAGAAAACGCUGCCAGAAUACUUAAUAAAAGACUUCUUGAGCAGGCCUUCAGAGAUGAAAAAAAGCUUCCUUCCAGUUGCCAAACAAACCUCAGUAAGGAUAGCAGGCCAGUGGAAGCUGACAAAGUUCAACAGGGAUCCAUUGAGGAGCUGCCCUGUUCUUCAGUAGCUCCUCCUUUGGAGUCGUGUUUCCUGAGACCAGCAAGGCCAGCAAACCGCCGCCCGCCCUCCAGGUGGGCCUCUCAUUCCCCGUCAGCCUCGCCUCAGUGGUCCAGGCCUUCCAAACGGUUCUUUUUCCCAGAGGAGCAGCAGCAACUGGAACCAGAAGAACCGAGCCAGGAACACAAGCCUGCAUGAAGCCUCACCUACUCUGAGUCUCUGCCUCAGCCUCACUAGCCGAAAACAGCCUCCUUGUGUGACAGUGCCACAAACUCACUCAAGCAGAGUUCAAGUACCGAUGGGAAGAAACACAAUGAAUGUAACAGGAGAAAAACACAAACAACAAACAAUGGGCCGUGUUCUGUAACAACUACAAAAAAUGUGCCUGUAAAAACGUAGUUUCUUGGUUGUAAUAUAUAUAUAUAUAUAUAUAUAUAUAUAUUACACACUCCAUCUUAUUUUUUUAAUAUGUUGUUAUGAGACGUCUGUUUUUUCAGGUUACGAAAGUGGAAUGUCUCUCUCAGUAUCCUGACUGCCUAAACUUAAAACUGCUGCAUAUCAACAAAGGUGGUGAAAUUUGAUGUCAAAGAUGUAUUUACUUUAAUGUCUAUUAUAGUCUUGAAGGGAUACAGGGAAAUUGUGCAUUGACAGAUGACAUACUUUAAAUGACAAGUGGAUUAUAAAGCUGGGACAUCUUAAGAAGAUAGAUGUGCACUAUGGUACAAUACUUGAUUUGCAUGCCUUUGGGUUCCUAGCACUUUAGUGCAUGUAUAUAAGGCUACUGUACUCCACCAUCACUCGUAAUAUGAGUCACUGAAUAUCACUGUAAUAAUGUUGUAAGGUUCAUCCUGUACUGUAAUUUUAUUGUAACUUUAUUUGCAUAUAAAAAGAUUUUUAAACAAAAUUAUUGUAACAGUAUGACUGUCUUUGUACAGUUUAUUAUUUAAAAAGUUUCUUUUUUGGGGGAAAAAUUGUAUGGGGUAGUAAAAAAAUGUAAUGGAUGUUGUUAAAAAAGUCUGUGAAAGACUAUGGUUAACUGGUAAUAAAAAGAAAAUAUGUAUUUACAACAA